CGGGAGCGCGCGGCUCAACGCUUGCUUCGCUUGUGGCUGCGGUUUGGCCUGAGCCGGGAGCCGUAGCCGUAGCGGCCGGGCGGAUGUUAUGCGAGGCGCCGAAGCGAAGGGAUCACUGAUUGUUCACUGAGAAAUGAAGAAUGACGUCAAAGGGGGCAGGCACAUCUUUCUCCCAAAAGAGUUAUAGACUGACUUCUGAUUCUGAGAAGCCCAAAGUCACAGGUAUUGUUAAUGAAAAGUUACUGGAUGACUACCUACAGCGUAUCUUUCCUAGCCCAGAGCAGAUCCCUUCUACCACUGCUAGCAGAAAACCUCUGUCCUUUCAGAACCUUGAGGAGCAUCUGAACCAACUGCUGAAGGAGGAUGAUGAGUCUGAAGAGAGUGAAGAACAGACUGUAGAAGGGCGGCUUGGGCCAACCACUGUGGUCCUGGAUCACACGAGUGGCUUUGAGGGGCUACUCCUGGUGGAUGACGACCUUCUUGGUGUUAUUGGACACAGUAACUUUGGCUCCAUCCGAGCCACCACCUGUGUAUAUAAAGGGAAAUGGAUCUAUGAGGUGCUCAUCUCCUCACAGGGGCUCAUGCAAAUCGGCUGGUGCACCCUCAAUUGCCGAUUUAACCAGGAGGAGGGAGUUGGAGACACACCUGACUCUUAUGCUUAUGAUGGUAACAGAGUGCGUAAGUGGAAUGUGACCACAACUAAUUAUGGCAAAUCAUGGGCAGCUGGAGACAUUGUGAGUUGUCUGAUUGACCUGGAUGAGGGAACCAUUGCCUUUUGUCUGAAUGGUGUCUCUCUGGGAACUGCUUUUGACAACAUCACCAGGGGCUCUGGAAUGGCUUAUUUCCCAGCUAUCAGCCUCUCUUUCAAAGAGUCUGUUGCAUUCAAUUUUGGCAGCCGGCCACUGCGAUAUCCGAUAGAGGGUUAUCGACCCCUCCAAGAUGCCCCUACUACUGGCCUCGUUAAGGCUCAAAAGCUUCUUGGUUACCUGAAGAAUGUCCUGCAAUUGGAAUUGGACCCAGAGGAAGGGAAGCUUGUGGAGAGGGAAAGUUCGACAUGGCAGCUUCGGGGAGAACCCACAGUAUUGAUCACCAUGGCACACAUCUUCAACUACUUUGCUCCACUCAUGUGCAAAGUAUACUUAGUAGAAGAUGUCCUCAUGAAAUUUCUCCUGGGCAUUCUGGAGACAGAUGGGUCAGAGGAAUCUUAUCCCCUUAUCCAGCAGCUCCUGGAUCUAAUGUGGCUCCUCAUGGAGGAUUAUGAAGUACAGGAAUGCCUCAAGCAGCUGAUGAUGUCCCUCCUCCGAGCCUACAGGUUCUCCCCCAUUAUCCCAGACCUGAGCUUACAGAUGCAUUACCUUCGUCUUACCAUCGCUAUCUUGAAGCAUGAGAAGUCCAGGAAAUUUCUGCUUAACAAUGUCCUCUUCGAUGUGCUCCGCUCUGUGGUUUUCUUCUACAUCAAGAGUCCCUUACGAGUUGAGGAGGCCGGCCUUCAGGAGCUCAUCCCCACUACGUGGUGGCCCAAUCGCUUCAAUAAAGAGGGCAAGGAAACUAAGGAGGUGAAGGAAGAGAGUGCUGAGGAACGGUUGAGACGGCGGGCGUAUGAGAGAGGUUGCCAAAGACUCAAGAAACGAAUUGAAGUGGUAGAAGAUCUCCAGGUUCAGAUCCUGAAAUUACUGUUGAAUAAUCAAGACCAUAAUGGGGGUGAAGCUUCCAGAUACAUUUUUCUCAACAAGUUUCGAAAGUUCCUGCAAGAGAAUGCCAGCAGCCGAGGGAACCUGACUGUUCUCUGCCCACCAGAGUACAUGGUAUGCUUUCUGCAUCGGCUGAUCACGGCCUUGCGGUACUACUGGGAUGAAUACAAGGCUUCAAACCCAGCAGCAGCAUUCAGCGAAGAAGCCUAUGUUCCCCCACAACUCUUUUAUAAUGGGAAGGUAGAUUAUUUUGACCUGCAGCGACUGGGAGGCCUCCUAUCUCAUCUUAAGAAAACCCUCAAAGAUGACCUGGCAUCGAAGGCAAAUAUCUUGAUUGACCCCUCAGAGCUACAAGCCAUCACCAUGGAUGACCUUGAUGAAGAUGAUGAGUCAGCUACAUCAACUGCACAGCGCCCUGUGGCUGCUCUAGCUAUUGGAGGGGCCCUGGCCAGGCCCAGUUGGCUCAGCUCCCCAACAUUGAGUCGGGCCAACCGCUUCCUCAGCACAGCAGCCGUGAGCCUCAUGAACCCUCGGAGGCCCCUGGGCACCAUGGAAAAAGUGAAAAUCCGAACACUGAAUGUGGAACAGAGAACAGAGGAGGAUAUUGAAGGGAGCAAUGGAAAUGAAGGCCUAUUGUUGGGGAGGCCCCCAGAGGAGCCAGACCAACCCCUUACGGAGAACUCCCUCCUAGAGAUCCUGGAUGGGGUCAUCAUGAUGUACAACCUGAGUGUUCACCAGCAGCUGGGCAAGAUGGUGGGUGUUUCUGAUGAUGUGAAUGAGUAUGCCUUGGCCUUGAAAGACACAGAGGAGAAGCUCAGUCGGUGUCCAAAGUGGAGGAAAGACAUUCAGGAAGAACUGAUGAAAAGUCAGAAGGUUUUCUCUGAGAAGCUGAAUCAUUUGAGUCGUCGUCUUGCCUGGAUCAAUGUCACCAUCUACUCUAAGGAGAAAAUGCAGGAUAUUUACUGGCUCCUCCGGGUUUGUACCCGCACCAUAGAACAUGGCGACCGCACGGGCUCCCUGUUUGCCUUUAUGCCUGAGUUCUAUCUAAGUGUCGCCAUGAACAGCUACAGCGCCCUCAAAAAUUACUUCAGCCCUGUCAAUAGCAUGGAGGAGCUGCCAGGUUACGAGGAAACACUGACCCGUCUUGCUGCCAUUCUAGCCAAACACUUUGCAGACACAAGAAUUGUGGGCACAGACAUCCGAGAUUCACUGAUGCAAGCGCUGGCCAGCUAUGUCUGUUAUCCCCACUCACUUCGUGCUGUGGAACGGAUACCCGAGGAACAACGAUUCACAAUGAUGAAGAACCUCCUUGCUCCUUACGAGCAGCGUCCCUGGGCCCAGACGAAUUGGAUCCUUGUGCGCUUGUGGCGGGGCUGUGGGUUUGGGUAUCGCUACACGCGGCUGCCUCAUCUGCUGAAAACAAAGCCCGAGGAUGCCAACCUUCCCAGCCUGCAGAAGCCCUGCCCCUCUAUCUUACUGCAGGGCCACAUGGCUGACCUGCUGCGCAGUGACCGGGACAUGGCCCCCAGCUUCCUCAACAGUGUCCUCAACCAGCUCAACUGGGCCUUCUCCGAGUUCAUUGGCAUGAUCCAGGAGAUUCAGCAAGCAGCCGAGCGCCUGGAAAGGAACUUUGUGGACAGUCGUCAGCUGAAGGUGUGCGCCACCUGCUUUGACCUGUCAGUGAGCCUGCUCCGGGUGCUGGAGAUGACCGUUACCCUGGCCCCUGAGAUCUUUCUGGACUGGAACCGGCCCUCCUCUGAACUGCUGCUCCGGCGGCUGGCGCAGCUACUGAACCAAGUCCUGAACCGUGUGACAGCUGAGAGGAACUUGUUUGAUCGAGUGGUUAAUCUCCGGCUGCCAGGCUUGGAGAGUGUAGACCACUAUCCAAUUCUUGUUGCUGUGACUGGCAUUCUAGUCCGUCUCCUGGUGGACAGUGAUGUGGAGGGGGCCAAGCGAGCCACCGAAGUGCUCUUAGCGGACCCGUGCUUCCAGCUCCGCUCCAUCCAGUACCUCCUGGGCCAGCCAGAGCCCACGGCCUCUGGUGCCACUCCCCCGCCUCCAGAGAGGAAGCACUUCUCCCUGCAGAGUUACACUGAUUACAUCAGCCGGGAAGAAUUAGCUAAAGUGGAUCAGAUGCUGGGCCACCUGAGUGAGGAGUCCAAGCAGGCGGCUGCCUCCACUUUGCCCACCAGUGAGGAGGACCUGUGCCCCAUCUGCUACGCCCACCCCAUCUCUGCUGUGUUCCGGCCCUGCGGCCACAAGUCCUGCAAAGCCUGCAUCAACCAGCACCUGAUGAACAACAAAGACUGUUUCUUCUGCAAAGCUACAAUCACUGGGGUGGAUGACUACGAGAAGCCAGCUUCCUCAUCCUAGACCCCUGUCUCAGGGUGGGGGCCCCUAACCCGCUCCUCGGGCCCCAGGGGUAAGGCUAGGGAGAGGACGGGCACAGUCCUCCCUGUUUAUAAGCCUCCCUCGAUGGGCAGCUCCUUCACCAGCCAGGGCCUGCCCUGAGGAAACCAGAGGGAGGGGGAUGGGAAGCUGCUGGGUGGCAGUGGUUCUUCCCUGCUCUUCCCAGCAGAGAGGACAGGGUUUCCCUUCCCUGGCACUGGCUUUACAAAAAGGGGGGUGGGGAGUAGACACUUACCAGUGUGAGUAUUAAAUUAUUAUUCCGUACA